AUGGCUGCUGAUUCCAAUGAUUAUCUUGCUUGGGGUCAUUCCAAUUCCAUGGUUACUUCAUGGCUUAUUCAUUCCACCAUCCCCUCUAUCGCCAACAGAAUUCUCUGGACAACGAAUGCUCGCGAUGUUUGGGUCGAUCUCAGCGACAGGUUUUCUCAGCAAAAUGCCCCUCGCAUAUUUGAAAUCCGACGUUCUAUAUCCAAUCACUCUCAAGCAAGUGAUUCAGUCUCUGCCUUCUAUACUGCACUGAAGUCUUACCGUGAUGAAUUAUCUUCAUAUCGAACCAUUACUACCUGCACCUAUGGCGCCAUGACGAUGCUCAAUGCUCAUGUUAAAACUGAUUCUCUCAUGGAUUUUUUACAGGGUCUCAAUGACUCCUUCUCCGUUGUUCGAAGUCAAAUACUUCUUAUGGAUCCAUUGCCAAGCAUGGCCAGAGCUUAUUCCCUACUUCUUCAAGAAGAAAGACAGCGAUCCUUGCAAGGAUCCCAUUAUGUUUCCCUUGAUCAGGUUGCAUUGGCGGCUCAGCCUUCAUCUUCCUGA